UUGUUCAAUUCUAUGCUUUAUUCACUUUGGUCAGCAUCUUGCUGUUUUGUAGUUUUCUUCAUUGCUAUAAGAUGACAUGUUGGAUGCAUGGCCAACCUUUGAUUAUUAUUUCCCUUUAGUGCAAUGUAUACAAGAUGAUUACGCCUUUGUUUCCACUCAAGCAGCUGCAGGUGCUAAUGCGCCGGACCACUAUAAGAGCGGCGCCAGCCGCCGCUGAGGCACACUCGCCACCGCAGCUGCAGCCGCACAAGCAGAUUCCCGGUGCCGCGCCUUCGCCGCCCCGGCCACGCCGCCCGCUUGCCUGCGACCGUGCCCUUCCGUUGCCGUCCGUCGACCCAGCGCCAGACCAGCCAUGACACUCUUCCAAUUUUCAUGUGUCCAAAACAGAGUUCCCAGGGACUAAUGUAGCUUUCCUUGCUCCACAGAUCGCCCUGCCAAUGACUCUUCUCGCCCUCGUGGCGUUGGCGGCCGCCGCGCCAGCCGCCCGGCCCUCCGACGCCGACGCCAUCGACGCCAUCGACGCCGCCACCACCGUCACUGACGUCGCCGCCGCCGCCCCAACCGCCGCCCCCGCCACAGGUGGCUCCUCGCCCCUGGCGCUCACGUUGGAGGCGGAGUCGGCCGAGCCCUCCACCGCCGCUGCCUCGCCCGCGGACCCCGCCCCCGCCUCGGGCGGCGCGUCGCCCCUGAAGCUCACCUUCGAAGCGGAGUUGGAGUCUGAGGAGGAGGAUGCGGCGCCGGAGGGCGAGCUGGGCGCGGGGGAGGAGAUGGAGGGAGCGGAGAACAUCGUGUUCAAGCCGCUGUUCCGCUACCGCGAGCGCGGAGGCUUCCGGCGCCGCGUGCGCGCCUCCAACCGACGCCGCGACGCCAACUACCGACGCACGUACGCGGCGCGCUUCCCGCACCACCGCUACCGCUCCUCGCCCAAGCGCCGCAACGCCCUGCACACGCGGCAUCAGGUCCUCUUCUGA